CCGUUUUAUUGUCGCUUUUCAUUUCUUUCAUUCUGAAAGAACAAGUAUUUUUUGUGGACGGUUUAGGAUGUCUCUUCAUGUCAAAUCCAGUUAUACGUUCGCUGGAAAGAAUGCGCGUCAAUCUCACUGACGAAUUUCGAAAUGAUAAAAAGGCUGCUAGUCCAGAACUUAGAUCACCGAGUCAGGGAAAACGAGGUCUGCUCGUCUCCGUUCAACGUCCACGAUCUACUGCGAGGACUCGCUGGCAACCAGCUGCUGGCCUGCGCAGAUUACAUGAAGGAUCUUGGCGCUUCACAUUUGGAUCUUCAUUCGCAAUGGGUGUAAUGCUUAAACAACGGCAAAUCAUUCGUUCGAUGUCCCUCGUCAGAGAAUUACGAAUUGCCUGGUACUUAUUUGUAUUAUGGUUCGAGUACGGGAGCUUCUACUAUAGUCUAUGGGACUGCCGCUGGCCGGAUGCUUCAUUUACGCGGGAAGCUCGUCCUACUCAUGUGUUAAUCAUAGAUGAUGCUCAAGUGCGGCUCAGGCCUACUACUCAUAGGUUUCUGGACAGUGUCCGGUAUAGACUGUAUGAUCUGACCUUGAGAAGAAACUGGAGUUUCGCUUCAAGUAUGCGACCCAACGUAAUUGUCUUCUUAGGUGACAUGCUGGCCUCUGGAUAUCGAGUCCAUGAGGAUGAAAAUUAUACCAACUACAUCCAAAGAUUUAAAGGAGUCUUCAAAAUAGGGAAAUCAGCGGAAGCAUAUUUCGCUCCUGGAAAUGAUGAUGUUGGUCUUCGCACAGAGUGGAAAACUGCGAGGACUGCUCGCAAUCAUUAUGUUAAACACUUUGGCCCAAUGAACGGAUGGGUGACUGUCGCAAAUCACACUUUCGUAAUACUUGACGCCCCUGGCCUAGUUGAAGAAGACUACCAAAGGGCAGAUAAGGUUCUGGAAUACGAGGAGUGGGAACCGAAACCUGACGGAGUUAUCGAGUUCCUGAAAUCAAUUGCCCAUAUACAGGCUGGUGACGAAGGGAACGACCCUGUUAUCCUGUUCACCCAUAUACCCUUAUCGCGGCCUGAACUCGCUUCUUGCGGGCCUUUGCGCGAGAAAGGUACAAUUCAUCGUGGUGUUGGGACCAAUUACCAGAACACCUUUGGCAAGAAGACGACUGAGUUUCUUCUCAGGGAAAUUAAACCAUCCCUCAUAUUCAGCGGCGAUGAUCGAGACUACUGUGAAUACGAGCAUCCCCUUGCGUUUCCAGGUGCAAACGAUCGUGCACAUGUUCGUGAAGUCACCGUAAAAUCCUUCUCGCCAACAAAACACAUACGAUAUCCGGGCUUCCACCUCCUUUCUGUGGCCUAUCCUUCCGCAGUGCCACCUCAUGUCCGGUCGUUUGAUGACAAACCAUGUUUGUUUCCCGACCAUGUGCAUGUUUACUGGGACCGGUAUCUCCCUCUGGCCGUUCUGACAGUCUUCAUCCUGCUCAUAUCGAGCUAUCGGCAACGAAGAUAUCCUAAACACCGUUCGUCGCUGCCUUCCCACAGCGCUGAUGCCCUUCUAGAUAAAGGACCGUAUCAGUGGCCUCCUUUGGAUGGGGACAUAGUGGAAAAUCUACCUCCUUACUUUGCCACAAGUAACAGUACCUUUCCGACCAGUCCUCACGACCCAUUCCUUCCACCUUUACGGACACCAACUGUCAGCGCUAGCUCAUCUCAUGGCAAUUUCAGGCCAACUUCAACAACACCAUCGUUGCGAGCUUCGCUUUAUGCCUCGUCGCCGAUCGAUUCUUCUUUCAUCUCCUCCCCGACAGACACACAUUUUGAUGAGCAUUUGCUAUCUUCCGGGCCUUCGUUCCAGAUGAUAAACUCACCGAACGAGUCACCGCUGCACAUUCCUUCACCUUACCCACUAAACAAAGCAUCAUCUUCGGGGAGACAAAGCAUGAAAAUGCCUUGGUGGAAAUGGUCUCGUUCUUGGACAUUUGUUUUCCGAGGACGUCGCAGACGCAUGACUAUCACAAUUCCGGCUAUCUGGCGUCUCCUUACCUUUUGGAUUCCGUCUCAUGAUGUGGUCGGAAGACGAUCUAGUCAAUCGCUCUUUGUCAAAAUUCUUCUGACGGAUAUUAUUAGUGUAGCCUUACCUCCUUUCUUGUUAUGGACAGUUCUCACUUUGUGGACACUUCGGUGACGUUAGGUCGAACGGUGACAUGGACGUAUUUUAGGACAACUGCUUGUACUCUCCUUGUUGAGACUUGAUUGUACUCUUUCAAUGCCUUUUUGUUUUCGAACUUCAGAGACCAUUGCACCAUGCAUAGCAUAUUGUGUUUCAAUACAUGUGGUAUGUACAGUAUAAUACAACAACGAUCCGGAUAUAUCUGGACGACACAGCCCUGUAAUGUAGGUGACCGUACUAACAUUCUACAUGGGGAUUCUAGGAAUGUCAAUAACAUCUGUCCGAUAAAACACGAUUUGCAAAGAAAAUGAAGCAGAAGCAAUAUC